AUGUUCGGCAAACACACGCCAUCGGUCAACAGCGAGCUUACGUGUGUGACAUCAUCGGUCUCUCUUCCCACAGCGGGACUCCACCCUGCAGACGAUGGGAGGGACUACCAGGUAGUUCGACCAAUCAAACUGCACGCACUACACAGGAGAGACACACAGUCCCCGUGGCCUGACGAGGUGACCUACGCCAUGACGGUGAGCGGGAGGGACGUUGUGAUGCGCCUGGAGAGAAACCUGGGCCUGCUGAGCAGACGCUACACUGAGACGCACUACACCCCAAAUGGCACCAGGGUCACCUCUGCCCGACCGGACCUGGACCUUUGCUACUACGAUGGCAGGAUUUUGAACGACAGCGAGUCUGUCGUUAGCAUCAGCACAUGUAACGGUCUGAGGGGUUACCUCAGGACAGCAUCGCAGCAGUACCUGAUUGAACCCUUGUCUGGCAAUGACACCGGUGACCACAGCCUGCAGACAUACCAGAACCCCGAAUCCACCUGUGGGGUCACCAACAGCAGCUGGGACGCUGCCUAUCCCACUGCCACCCCACGGGGGCGCUCUAGGGCCUCGGCUGAUUCACUGUUGAAGCAGAAGAAAUACGUCGAGCUGUAUCUAGUUGUUGACAACAGAGAGUACCAGAAACUGAGGCGUGACUUCGCGGCAGUGAGGAAGAGGGCUUUUCAAAUGGUGAACUUCGUCAACGCGGUCUACCAGCCGCUCAACACGUCCGUGGUCCUGGUGGGGCUGGAGGUGUGGACGGACCGGGACUGGAUCAAGGUGGUGGCCUCCCCCGGCCAGACGCUGAGCCGCUUCACAGCCUGGAGAAACGAGGUGUUGCUGGGGACCAGCCCGCACGACAACGCAAUGCUGAUAACGGGCAUGGACCUUGAGGGGUCUAUCGUGGGAAUUGCCACUGUGGGCCAACUGUGCACCAUCAGCUCGACCGGAGUUGUGCAGUUUGAUAUAGCGCCUUUAAAUCUUACGUGCUCUCUCGUCUCUCAGGACCACAAGCCCCAGGCGAUCGCGGUGGCGGCAACGCUGGCCCACGAGCUCGGGCACAACCUGGGCAUGUGGCACGACUCGGGGGGUUGCUCCUGCGGGGCCCGUGUGCCCUGCAUCAUGUCCGCCGUUCUGGGACAGCAGGUCCCGCGGCUCUUCAGUGGCUGCAGCGCUCAGGGGUACGAGGCCUUCCUGCUUUCCCACGUCCCGCUCUGCCUCUUCGACAAGCCGGACAUAGUGCUGGCCUCCGAUUCGCUGUGCGGGAACGGAGUCGUGGAGAGGGGGGAGGAGUGCGACUGCGGGAUCGAGAAGGAGUGCCCCUGCUGUGACGCCUCUACAUGCACACUGACUGAAGGCUCUGAGUGCGCUACAGGGGAGUGCUGUAAAAACUGCAGGUUUGCUUCACCCUUGACGGAGUGCAGGAGUCGGAGGGACGAGUGUGACCUGGCGGAAUUCUGCACGGGGAGGUCUGCCCAGUGUCCGCAGGACGUCUUCUCCCAAAACGGGAUCCCCUGCAAGGGCAGGCAGGGCUACUGUCGUGACGGACGCUGCCCCCUGCUGGCUGACCAGUGCGUCAAGACAUGGGGAGACACCGCUCGUGUGGGCCGGUAUUUCUGUUACGAACAAAACAUCCAGGGCACCUACUACGGGUUCUGCAAUAGGACAGGCCGUGAGGAAUACGUCCCCUGCAAGGAAAAGGAUGUGAUGUGCGGGAAACUGUUCUGCACCGGCGGCAACAGGGAGCCCAGCUCUGGCCAGGCAGCGGAGUUUUCGGACUGCAGAGCCACGUUUAACAGGGACCAGAGCGAGGACCAGGGCCUGGUGGAGACAGGGACCCGCUGCGGGGAUGGACGGGUCUGCAUGGACAGCCAGUGUGUGGGGCUGGAAAUGGCCUACGGCCCGUCCAACUGCUCAGCAAAAUGCAAAGGUCACGCGGUGUGCAAUCACAGAUCUGAGUGCCAGUGUCAGCCUGGCUGGCUACCCCCGGACUGCGAGUCUUCGGGCGACAGCGACCAGGCGGUGUCCUCAGGAACCAUCAUCGCGAUCGCCACGGCGACGGGCACCACUUUAGUGCUCCUGCUGGCCCUGGCCGGAAUGGCGGUCCACCUCAAACGCAGACAGAAGCUCGGCGGCUCUCCCAGACCCCCUCCUCCUGAGAAGGAUCUUGGCCUGAAUAACCCCGCCUUCCCUGCGGACAUCUACUCGGUGUAUCAAAACCCCUCCCUGAAAAACAUGGCUUAUCCAAACUACCCGCAGGUAAAAUAUACCUGAACACCUGCAUAGCUCACUGCACAGACCAGUAUGGCACAUAUUUAUGCAUGUGCCAUCCAAUCAUGUGGAUUCACACACACUUCACGGAAGGCCCCAGUUGCCACUGCCAGCCAAUCACAUUCCUGCCGCUGUUCGUUUAAGAACGGCUGUCGACCAAUAAGGUGCCGGCCAGCUCCUUCGCAACACUCAGUCGCGCACAGACACUUGGCACACUUCUCGAACUCCAAUCGAUCGAGAUGACCCAUGGGACAUGUCAAGAGGACAAUGGGUCAAAGGUCAACUUCGAGGACAGGGAUGCAUUUACACCCUUGUGACAGAGGGGGCGCUCUGCUGGACAAUUUCUGAAGGACACAUCUGUGCCAGUGUGGACCCCACAAACUCGUUCUGGAAUCCUAUUAUGGAGGUCUUAUCCUGAUUGGCUGUUUCUAAGCAACUGUGUCCUUAAUUCAACUUGGGUUACUCAAGAAGAAUAGCUUCCUCUUCCUCUUUAAAAGGGAUUGGAAUGAAUACAUCUCUCUUUAUAAAUGUGACGGCCACAAAACUACAGCAGUCAAGCUCCAAUGAGCAUCUAGAUUUAGGAUGCUACCCUUUCCAGGAAAAGAAUAAUUCUUAAUCAAAACUCUAUAAUCACUCCUUUUUUUCCAUAAAGGCAUCAUAACCGGCUUCAUUAAAACAGAUUUUUGCUAUUGUUUAAGUUGGAUGUGAUUUACCACUGGCCACACUGCAGUAAUGGGGUGAAAUGUCGGCAUGGCAACAGCCCACCGCCAUAUUAAAAAGGGCUUAGAUUUUCUAUUCAUUAGUGCCAGGGGGGAUUUCUGUCCCCGUUUCUCCAAGCUGUGGAACAGAGGGCCACGGGGUCCUUGGAUCAGGACUAGCAGAGGACACACUGAACACCCAGAACAGCUAAGAAAUUAAUAUAGCCUGGAUUAAAAUGGAUUCAUUUUAGCUCACAGGUGGGAUGGGGGGAAUUUAAGGCACUGGCCGGAUCAAAAACUGUGAGUUAUAAAGGAACGAGAGAAUGGUGCGUAACGUAGCGGACAUUCCACAGUUACCGAACAGCCAUCUUGUUGAAAAUGUGAGUAUUCCUAACACCCACAUUUAUUAAAACUCGUCUCAUUCAACCACAUUUAAAAAAAUGAAAACAUUUUGUAUGUGAUGUGUAUGACAAUGAUACUGAAAUUUCUGAGGUUUUACACUGAAGGCCAUUUAAAAAGAAAAAUGCAAAUUAAGGCGAUGUUUUGAAAAUGACUCCCAGUAUAAAGAAUGAUCAGAUUUGACAAUGUAUUCCGUCUCAUUCUAAUCAGCAUCAGUUUUUA